CUCGGGGCUUUGGAAAUAGCGUCGGGUCCUCUCUUAUUGCCACUGAUUUGGGCUUCUUCUCCUUAGGCUGGAGGAAGGAGCUGCUUGGCACUUCUGCCAGCGUUCCCACCGCCGCUGCCAGCCGCUUGGAUCAGCGCAGGCAGAGGCGGCGUCCCAUCGCCGAGGGGCUUUGGGAUUGCAAGCCCCCGCCGCGUUUGCAGGGCGCACGAGGCGUCAGUGCUAAAGGCAGACACCCUGCUGACCCUUUCGCUGGGAGAGUUGAGCAACCGGCUUAGGAGAAGAAAGCGGCGAAGAUUUCCGCGCGCUUCGUCCAUCUGUGCCGCGGGUGUGACUUCCUCGUUAGUUUUUCCUCUGUUGGCUUUUUUCCCCCCAUCCCAUGUUAACCUCUAUUUGAACAUGGCAAGGACAGUAUCUUCUGGAAAUGGAUUCAGUGUGGGAAAAAGCACAGGAAACCAGAGCUAAAUGACAGGAUGCGGGAGACUUAAGAAGAUAGUCGAGAGAGAAAAAGGGAGAGAGAGAGAGAGAGAGAGAGAGAGAGAGGAGAGAGAGAGCGCCUUCUGCAAUCGACAAGACUUCUGGUGCUACUACUACAAUUGUUGUUCGGCUGAAUCAGUUUUCUGUCUCUUUUUAACUGCCCGUGCUGAAGGAGGAUUUAAGAUCUGAGCGGAAUUGUGUGGAGAGAUUGGAUAAUCUUAUUCCCUUUCUUCAGACCUCCUAUAUCCGAAGCAGAAGAUGGCCUGGGUUCUACUUUUGCACUGUGCAGCCCUCAUAUUCACCCUUGGCAGAGCUUUGAAGAGUGAUCGAUGUGGUGAAAACAUAAAAAUUUUAGAGCCUGGAUAUCUCACCUCUCCUGGCUAUCCUAAUAGUUAUCACCCAAGUCAAAAAUGUGAAUGGUUGAUUCAAGCUCCUCAACCACACCAGAGGAUUAUGAUCAACUUCAACCCACACUUUGAUUUAGAGGACAGAGAAUGCAAGUACGAUUAUGUUGAAGUGAUUGAUGGAGACAGUGCAAAUGGGCGAGUGUGGGGAAAGUUUUGUGGCAAAAUUGCUCCCCCACCUGUGAUAUCUACAGGACCAUACCUCUUAAUCAAGUUUGUCUCUGAUUAUGAAACUCAUGGAGCAGGCUUCUCCAUUCGCUAUGAAAUUUUUAAAAGAGGACCAGAAUGCUCCAGAAACUUUACAUCUAUGACUGGUAUGAUCAAAUCACCAGGAUUCCCUGAAAAAUAUCCCAACAGCCUUGAAUGUACUUACAUUAUCUUUGCACCAAAGAUGUCAGAGAUUAUCCUGGAAUUUGAAAGCUUUGAACUGGAACCAGAUACAAAUCCUCCAGGAGGCGCAUUCUGCCGUUAUGAUCGUUUGGAAGUCUGGGAGGGUUUCCCGGAAGUUGGUCCUCACAUUGGACGAUACUGUGGACAAAACACACCCGGUCGUGUCCUCUCAUCAACUGGCAUUCUCUCCAUGGUUUUCUAUACUGACAGUGCAAUAGCAAAAGAAGGUUUCUCUGCAAACUAUACUGUGGUGCACAACAAUGUUCCAGAAGACUUCCAGUGCAUGGAACCACUUGGCAUGGAAUCUGGUGAAAUUCAUUCUGACCAGAUUACUGCCUCUUCCCAAUAUAACCCCCAAUGGUCAUCUGAAAGGUCCCGUUUAAAUUAUCCUGAAAAUGGAUGGACGCCUGAAAUUGAUUCUACUAGAGAAUGGAUACAGGUAGACGUAGGCGUUCUCCGCUUUGUAACUGCCAUUGGGACUCAAGGGGCCAUCUCCAAAGAAACUAAAAAAAUGUAUUUUCUGAAAACAUACCGAGUGGAUAUCAGCUCCAAUGGAGAAGAUUGGAUAUCCAUUAAAGAUGGAAACAAUAAACCUUUGCUGUUCAUGGGGAACACCAACCCAACAGAGGUUGCUUAUAGAUCUUUUCCCAAGCCAGUUCUGACACGUUUUGUUCGAAUCAAGCCUGUAAACUGGGAAACUGGAAUAUCACUGAGAUUUGAAAUCUAUGGGUGUAAAAUUACUGAUUAUCCUUGCUCUGGCAUGCUGGGUAUGGUGUCUGGACUCAUCACUGACGCUCAAAUUACAGCAUCAAAUGAAUUAGAUCGGAAUUGGCUUCCAGAAAAUGUCCGUCUUAUAACAAGUCGUAUAGGAUGGGCACUGCCACCCCCGAUUGGUCAUACAUAUACAAAAGAAUGGCUUCAAAUAGACCUUGGUGAAGAAAAGAAAGUCCAGGGCAUAAUUGUCCAAGGAGGUAAACACAGAGAAAACAAGGUCUUCAUGAGAAAAUUUAAAAUUGAAUAUAGCUACAAUGGAUCAGACUGGAAAUGGAUUAUGGAUGCCAGCAAAAAGAAAGCCAAGAUUUUUGAAGGCAACACCAACUACGAUACUCCUGAACUUCGCACUUUUGACCCAUUGACAACCAGAUUUAUCCGUGUUUAUCCAGAAAGAGCCACACAUGCUGGAUUGGGACUAAGGUUGGAACUACUCGGUUGUGAAAUUGAAGAUCUAUCUGAAUCAAGCUGGGAUUUUUUUUCAGUCCCUACUUCAGUCCCAACCACUGCUGAUACCAGUCCUGUGGAUGAGUGUGAUGAUGACCAAGCUAACUGCUACAGUGGAACAGGUGAUGACUUCCAUUUGACAGGGAGUACCACAGCUACAAUCACGGAAAAACCAGUACCAACUGAUACUACAGUUCAGCCAGCCAUCCAUUAUUCCAUUACUGAAGAACUUCCAGCAUAUGGUUUCAACUGUGGAUUUGGCUACAGUUCUCAAAAGACAAUCUGUCGCUGGGAACAUGAUGCGCAGCUGGACUUGAGAUGGGCAGUACUCACCAGCAAAACAGGGCCCAUUCAGGACCACACAGGAGAUGGCAAUUUUAUUUAUUCCCAAGCUGAUGAAAACCAGAAAGGCAAAAUUGUCCGCCUCAUCAGCCCUAUCAUCAACCUGCAAAAUUAUGCCCUUUGCAUGACUUUCUGGUAUCAUAUAUCGGGCCCUCAUGUCGGCACACUAAGAAUCAAACUGCGGUACCAGAUCCCUAAAGAAUACGAUCGGGUCUUAUGGACACCAAAUGGAAAUCAGGGAAACUGCUGGAAGGAAGGCCGGGUUUUUCUGCACAAAUCUGUGAAACAUUAUCAGGUAAUGGUGGAAGGAGAAAUUGGAAAGGGAAAGGGAGGAGUUGCAGUUGAUGAUAUUAACUUUGACAGCCACAUAACACAGGAAGAAUGCCGAAAAUCAAAUGGUGCAAGGAGUGAAAUCGAGCCAGAUAUUAAUCAAACAGAAUUUACUCCUGAUUACCGUGAAAAUGGGGAGCCUUAUAAUGACAACAUCUCCCGGAAGCCAGGCAAUGUGCUGAAAACACUUGACCCUAUUCUUAUCACCAUCAUCGCUAUGAGUGCCCUGGGUGUGCUGCUGGGCGCCAUCUGCGGGGUCAUUCUGUACUGCGCCUGUUGGCACAAUGGAAUGUCCGAUAGAAACCUAUCUGCACUGGAGAACUACAAUUUCGAACUUGUGGAUGGUGUCAAAUUAAAAAAGGAUAAACUGAACACACAGAAUACGUAUUCAGAAGCAUGAGGCUGAAAACUGCGUUGAAGACGCUGAGCCAAGCUUUUCUCAGGAGCUUCAGUGGGUGUACCAGAUAUUCUAAGACAUGGACAACAAUCUGUGUUAAACAAUCUGAAUCAUGUACAGUCUACUUCUGUUUCUGUUUUAAUUUGAACUAUUCAAAUGCUGGUGUUGAGACCAAGUAUGAUUGACUUAAGAGGGGUAUUCUGUUUUGGUUCUGCCUUCCCCCCCCCCACACACCUUCUUUCUUCUUCCCUUAGCCCCUCCAUUCUUUGUUUUCUUUCCUUCUGUCUCCCCUCCCCACCCUAAGCCCAUAAGUACUUGUUUUUUUACUGUGCAAAAAUCCAAGAUGCUGUCAAAACAUGUAAUUUGGCAGGAGUCCAUUGGAUGGACAUCCUGUUUGUAGCUGAGUGCCCAGAAGGAAGAACAUCAGAGUAACAGCAAUUUAAUGGAUUCCUGAUACUGUAUUUGUGUAUAAUUGCUUGUGUCGUGCAUAGGCAAAGGAGAGUUAGGGUGUUUGUUUUGGGGGGGUGGGGAAGUACUGUACGGUCAGUACUGGUAUAGUGUGUCAACUCUGUUAACCAAGCAAUACGGUCAGAAUUUAUUGGUGUUUCUCAGUGUUGUACUCCACCUUUGUGCUUGUGAAUUCCAUACAAGAAAUAAGUGCCAUCACCUACAAACAAUUGGCAAACCAGGCGUCCUGCAUUGAAUUAUUGAAUUAUAAUGAGAAAAAAAGCAAAAGUCCUUGGCACUGGCUCGUUUAUGUCUUCUCAAGUGCCUUUUUGUUGUAUUGCUCCUCAUUGCUUUAUCAUCAAUUCCUUCUUUGUCUCUCCAUCCUCCUCUCUCUCUCUCUCUCUCUCUCUCUCUCUCCCUCCCUCCCUCCCUCCUCUCCCUCUCCCUCUCCCCCUGCCUCCCUCCUUCCCUCCCUGUCUCUCUCUCUCUCUCUCUUCCUUGCCCUUUUUCUUGCUUAGCACCACUGACUAACAAGAAAUUAUAUUUUGGCAUAAGUAAAACCUUAAGAAGGCAAGGGCGAACAAAAUCUUGGCAACUUGCAGCUAAUUCCUUCUCUUCCUAUUUUUCAAUUCCAUGUUGCUGAACCCCCUUUUUCUUAAGUUCUACAGUUUUGCUCCUGUCCUUCUAUCUUUUAUUGUUCUUUCAUACAGAAUGUAUUUUCACAUAUAAGGCCUCUUCGUCUUUUGCUUUUCCCCUCUUUUGUCUCUGAAUAGAUUGUUACAUAAGCAUUUGCCAUUGUCAAGGUAAGGAAAAUGCAACUCUAGUUUGCUGGUAAUGGCAAAAAAAGAAAGAGGAUUUUGUUACAUUUUUGUCUUUUCUUGUAUUGCUGUAUUUUAAGAUAAGGGAUAUGUCUUAAUGUUACCUUCCAGAGUUGAUCUUUGGGUUUCUUUUUAGCACCAUUAACUGACAUUAUCUUUUUUUUCUCUCUCCUUUAGUAAGCCAUGAAGUAAGUCUUUUAAUUCUGUCCAAGAUGUUCAUAUAAAUCGAUGGCAAUGAGAAUUUGUUGUUGAUGUUGAAGAGCAAAGAGUGUUUUUCCCAUCCAUAUCCUAGAUAUCCAAUUUAAGGGUAAUUGUUUCUGCACAGGACUCAUUCAUGCUAAUGUAGAGGCAUACUAAUAUUGCUACAAGUAGUAAUGCAUUGACUUUGCUAAUAAUGGAUUUGCUUUAAAAAAAAUCAUUGUAUAACGUAUCCUAAACUGGAUUUAAAAUGAGUGCUGUUAACAUUCUAAUGAGAAGGAAUUGGGGGCCUUGUUCUCCUUCCAUUCACUUAACAACAGUAGCCAUGUUUUAAGAAUUAAGUCAAUCUCCAAAAGACACAGUUAACUCUUAAAGAUCUUAAAUCAUAACAAGCAUUCAGGGCACCAUAAACUGAUUUUGUCACAUUGUUUUACGUGGUAUUCAAAUGCACCUUUGAUUAAAAACAGCUGGUUUUUAAAAACCACACCAGAGCAAAUGUUUAACAACUCUGCUCUUGUUGUAAAUAUGAGUUAUCAUCCAAAGAAGGUUUAUUGAAGUAAAAUAUCUACCAUGAAAAAAAAAAUCACAGUGACAAAAGAGUAUAUGAAUCAAUUGUUUAGUUAUCCAAUUUACACUGUAAUUGAAUGCUCUACUAGUUAAUUAUCCCAAAGAGAAGAUCAAAUGCAAAUAAUUUUUACUGCACUUCUUUCAUGUAUAUUUAGUUGCAUCAUGUAUUAUGGACUCUAUGUCAAUAAUCACAUAGGCAUCUUAAGAUCUGUGACAAAAGUGCAUACAAACAUUAUUUAAGAGGGGCAGAUUUCAUUGCAAAAGCAUGUACUUUCUAGAACUCAAAAAGUAACAGAUACAAUAUUAAUCUUGGUAUGGAAAAAAAGGAUUUUUAACAAUUUGUGCACAUAUCAACUGCCUAUAAAUCAGACAUCAGGUAAUCCUCAACUUACGACCACAAUUGAGCCAAAAAUCUCUGUUGUUACAUGAGACAUUUGUUAAGUGAGUUUUGUCUCAUUUUAUGAUCUUUCUUGCCAUAGUUGUUAAGUGAAUCACUGCAGUUGAUAAGUUAGCAACAUGGUUGUUAAGUGAAUCUGGUUUCCCCAUUGACUUUACUAGUCAGAAGGUCACCAAAGGUGAUUACAUGGCCUUGGGACACAGCAACGGUCAUAAAUAUGAAACAGUUGCCAAGCAUCUGAAUUUUGAUCACAUGAGCAUGGGGAUGUUGCAAAGGCCAAAACUGUGAAAAACAGUCAUAAGUCACAUUUUUCAGUGCUGUUAUAACUUUGAAUGGCCACUAAAUGAGUUGUUGUAAGUCGAGGACUACCUGUAUUAGUCUAUGUAACUCGGUAUUGACUAUUAUAAUGGGCAGCAAUUUCCAGGAUUUUUCAAAUUAAGUCUCAUCUUUCUUCAUUCACUUGUAUGAAAUGUUUUUAAAACUAGAUAUGCUGGUGACUGAAUUUACGUAUGUAAAGAUGUGCUCUAAUAUUGGUCUUUUAUUACCAUUCAAUAUCAUCAAUUCAUUAUUCAACUCUUCAGUUACUUUCAGUCUAUUCUGUAAAAAUCCUCUUUACUGAAGACCAUUAUAUUUAGGCUGAUACUGGAUAAUAUAAAAGCUGCAUCAUUGAUUCAAGCAUGUGAAUAGUCAUAUUAUGCUACUUUAAAACAGCUGAAAAGCAUACAUGCUUUUGAACUAUCCCUGUCACCAUUCUUGAGCUGAGUACAAUCCAUACCAUCACCGUGUUUACUUAACACAAACAAAUGUGUUAGGCAUUGUAGAGAACCCAAAGUAGGCAUUUUCACUACAUCAGAGGAACUAAUGGAGAAUUUGUGACUGCCCAAAUGUUGGAUUCCAAUUUUCAUUAACCUGAAUUAAUUAGACUAAUGAUGUUGUAGUGCAGGGGUGUCAAACUCAAGGCCCAUGGGCCAAAUCUGACCCAUGGAAUGUUUAAAUCUGGCCUGUGGGGCCAACCUGGAAAUAGCAAAGGACUGGUCUGCUGUGUCUCUGGCAACCAAAACACGGCACAGGGGCUGCGUGCGCCCCCCUGUGCCUUGUUUUGGCUGGCAGAGUGCUGCAGGAGGCCAUACAGGCUGAAAACGGGGUAUGGGGGGCACUCAUGGCCCCCUGAUGCCCCUUUUUGGCCAGUAAUGUGCUGCAGAGGCAUCCAUCCUGUCUCCACUGCCCCCUGGCUGGCCCGCAGAGGAGAACUAAAUGCUGAUCUGGCCCUCAAAGAAAUCCACUUUGACACCCCUGUUGUAGUGCAACUUUCAGAUUACAACAGGUAACAGCUCUCACAUUCUUAAAUUAAAGGUACAGUCCUGUUAAUCUUUAUUCCCAAUAUGUCACACUGUAUUGAGCAAGAUUUAAGGAAAAUACGGUCCAGUUGCAUACUUAUAUGAAGAAUGCAAGCACAAGCAUUGUCUUCUGAUAAUAUAAACAUGAUAGCAUGAACAAGCCCUGCAAAUAGCUUUUAUUUUUUUCCCUCUAGCUAAAAGGAAAAUCACAUUCCUGGAACUCUAGGCUAAUUUUAAAUUAUUUGACUUUGUUUAAGUGACUGUUGGUUAGUUGUUUUCUUGUCAUUGGAAUAUAUAAGUUUUGGUCACAAUCCACCUGAUAUCACCACUGUGAAUCCUCCAUUAGUUUCAAAAUGUGGUAGUUAGCUUAAGCCAACGAAGGUAUGUAAGACAAAAGCGUAGCCCAUUGCAAACUUUCAUUUUGUAAUUCCAUCCUAAUGCUUGCUCUCCAUGCAAAGAAGAAUCUGUGACCAGGCAUCUGGUAAUUGUAGUACUACAACAUAAUGGAAAACAAAGUUCAGAAUGUGUGGUGUGUUUUUUUUUAGCACUGAGCGAAUAUGCCGGAGCAGAUAUGUGAACUUAGUCAGACUGCUAAUAGUAUAAGCAAAGUAAGGAAACCCCGGUGAUGUAGCUGUUUAAUCCUGGAGCAGAACACUGGGUUCUGAUGUUGUCAAACAGAAAUUGAAUGAAAACUGCCCUUCAGCAAAAGAAAAAAAAAAUGAGACUGCAACUUUAAAUGAAAAAAAAAUUCUUGCACUGAAAAAUAUAUUUAAGAAUUAUAUGUUUAUAAAGUUAUUAAUUUGUAAAGGCAGUGUUACAAAAUGUUCAGUUUAUAUUGUUUUAGAUUGUUUCAUAAUUUUGAAAGUGUAAAAUAACAUAUUUUUUCUUUAUCAAAAAAAAACCUAUAAAAUUUCUUCUGUAGUAAAAUGAUUUCAUUUUACUGGUAUAUGAUUGCUUCAUGUUUUGUAUCAUUAUAAAUUUUGUGCAAAUUUUUUUACAGAAAUUUUUUAUUUUCUAUGACAAUAUGACACUUUUAAAUUGUUAUUUCAAAAUGAACAGCAAAGCCUUAACUUUAAAUGACGUUUGUAUUCUCGGACACUGAGUAGCAUUAAAAAAAAAGGAUUGAAUUGUAAUUUAAAUUUGCAGACAAUGACUACUACAUUCCAAAGAAACAGUUGAAUUAAACAUUUUCAUAAAAUACCCAUACAUUCAUGACUUUUAUUAUCCUUACAGCUCUGUCAAUUUAAAAAAAAACCAUUAACUUUAAGACAUUCUUAAAGAAACACAUUCUUUAAGAAACACAAUUGUAAUGCAUAUACUGCAUAUCCUAAACCAGCUGGCAAUGAAUAUCAUAUUCAAAAUUUACAUUCAGGACUUCCAGAAUAUUCCAUAAGAUAUUACAGGACUGUCAUUAGUUAUCAGAUAUUGAAGUCAAAAUUCUUCAUUGGAGCUCAGUUAUAUUGGGGGCUUUGCAGGGAUAGCAGAUACAUUUUAAAAACAUCUCUCAUAAAAUGUUUUCUAUGAGAAAAAAACUUCUUCUUCCAAAAUGGUUGCCAUCAUAGACAUAAUCACUCGGCAAAUGUCUUACUUAUGUUUUUGUUAAGCUUAUGAGCAUUUUCAAACAAUGCAGCCACCCAUGAAUAUAUAUUUGUGACUCGAAAAAAUUAUGAUAAAGAAAAAUGAUGCUUCAGUCUGGCCCUUUAGUUUUCAGCCUUCUAUUUAUCUUUUAGGUUUUUUUAAAAAAAUCUAAAUUACCAUUAGGCCAGGGAGCAUGAUGAAUGACAAUGAAGAUUGGUAGCUACGUUGGUACCACACUGUCUAGUUCUGACCAGUUAUGGAUUAACCACUAAGAGAAUCAAUAACAGAAGUAGGACAUCAAGAGAAGAAGAGUACCACAGAAUUCUUAUUCCUAGGUAUCAUGCCCCUAACUUAUUUUGCUUUACCAUCUUUGGUAGAGUGUUAAAAAAAAAUUUUUUAAAUAUGAUUAAAAAUAGCUUUCAAUAAAGUUUUGCAUUUGCAUUUUCCCUUUAUAACAAUUUUUAUUAAAAAUGCAUUUAAACUGUUGAAAAUUCGCAUAUUUUGUUGUUGUCCUGGUUAUAGUAAAUAAUGUGUUAAUAUUGCUUACUGCUAUUUAGUGUUAAUAAAGUUUUUAAAACGGUA